AUGAGCCUCACUAAUUCUAUCCCUGAAUUAUCUAACCUACCUGCCCCAGCUCCUUCUACAAGGGACUCCAAGAAGUGGAUAGCCUCUCCCAAUGGUUCUUACUCAUUCAGUCACACUGUCUCUCAUUUGAGGGGGGAUCUUCCUACUGUUUCAUGGUAUAAUCUAGUUUGGAAUUCUCCCUCCAUUCCUAGAAUGAAGUUCAUUUUUUGGUUAGCAGUUAAGUCCAAAUUGCCAACUUAUGAUAGCAAGUCAAUGUCCAAGCACAUUAAUAUCUGCCCACUAUGCAGUGCAUCUACAAAGUCUUAUGAUCAUAUUUUCCUAAAUUGCUCCUUUGUCACCCCAUUGUGGCGUUUUAUCAAAUACAAGUGCAGCAUUUCUACAGCCUUAAGAAGUUGGGAAGCUCUUGUUCAGUGGGCAAGUAUUAAAUGGAAAGCUAAGAACUUAGUUAAUCUUUACAGGAAAUUGGGGCUUUCAGCUUUUGUGUACCAUACCUGGGAGGAGAGGAAUGCCAGGAUUUUCAGCGGAAAGAAGGCAUCUCCGAGAGUUGUAUGUGCCAAGGUCUGCUCCACCGUUUCUGUGAUUUUGAAAUUGGGAUGCCUCCCAGACUGUGCCUCAUCUAGAGCCAUUCUCAAGUAUAGGAACAUUUCUCCGUCCUAUUGCAGACCUCCGCCGCGGUCGCCAGAUUAA